CACGUGCCCCCAUACAAAAGUUAUUCAGCAAGUGGCCAUUGACUAAACAUAGCUACUAUAUCACUUAAUGAAUCAUGCAGGAGAAUGAAUCUCAAGGAAAACCAUCUGAAAUUAUAGAUACAGGGAUACGUUUCCAGCCGGAAAUAGCAAACUUACUCAACAAAAAGUUUCUUAGCUAUUACGCAGGGUUUUUUCAAAAUAACACACGCUCUUCUCAAUGGCUCGUGGGAGUAUCGUUUUGCUUCUAUGUGUUCUAGUUCACUGCGUUUCCAUGGUGAUGAUGUCAAAGAUUGAAAUCGCGUCAUCCAGCUUCCAACUGUCACGGACCAGGGCGAACAUGUCCGUGGCAGAACUAGAUUGUCAAACCAGGAACGGCACCUCGAUACACCUUACAGACCUGAGACAGUCAACAUUUCAGACAUCCUUCCUGCUUGUAGCCAAACAGCUUGGCAAGGCAGUAUGGCUAGGCAGAAAUGGCACCAAACUUGAAGCCGAAGGUCGAUGCUCGGUAUUAUACCCGAACACUCCCGACGUUGCCAGCAUAAACUCAUCAGACUGUGGAGAGCUGCAUCACUACAUAUGCUUCCAGAGCACUAACGCCAAUGAUAAAACAAUGACGACAAUCGUUACCGGUAUCUCCAAUUCCUCUGCUAGUUCAAGUGGACAUGACUCAAUAACGCCAGCUCACGUCAUCGUCAUUAUAUACGUCGUAUGUGUCGUCAUUGUCCUCGCUGUUGGUGUCGCAGUUGUCAAGUUCAGGAAACAUCCCAUGACGUCGAUGAUGGUCCCCUAUCGUUCGCCACCCCCUAGUCUCCCUCUCAUCUAUGGCGUUCAACACUCGCGCAUCAGACCCCCUUUCCACAGGCGCCUCACACCACAGGUCCGAAAGUUGUCGGAGGUGAGUGAAGGGGCGGAGAAUAGCCCGGGAAGUAUGCUUCUCUACAACGAAGGGGCGGCCCGAUCUCACGUGGGCGCUGUUGACGACAUCAUGUACGAGCAAUACAACUUCAGCCCCGAGAUAAGGGGGAACGACUGUCCGAUGACGCCGGAUUCGGAAACGUACACACCUCUUUUGAAUCCCCCAACUGAUGAUGGCGACGUCACUAGUACAAUCAUUUUCUUUGGGCCGAACGCUCCCGUACCGACAGGUCUAACGUCACUCAAUACCGAUGCAGUUCUAGAGAACCCUGUCUAUGAAUCCUAUGUUGGUAGUACGUAUGUCUAGGGAGUCAGAUUGAGCUAUACGGAUGCGACAGCUUCCAGUAGCUUGACGGUAACUCACUUACACGCGGUGUGAAAGCAUGUGUCCUUGCUUGUUCAGACUUACGUUGGUUUUGUAUUGCUACUUAGAAACCACGACAAGAACUGUUUUGGUUGUGGACGGACACCCGGCACAGAUGUAACAAUUCAAACCUACCUGUCCUUGUUUUCAACCUUAUCACACGGCUCCAGACAGGAUACUCAUCCGACAUUAACGUAAUGUGGAUCGGUUGUUUGGUUGUUUUCGGCCAGGUCGACCAUCCAAUUAAACCAACUGCAACUUGUAAGGCAGCCUGAUCAAUAUUGCAAUCAGCUACCUUAGCUCCGUGUCUGUAUAUAGCGAGUACCACAGACGAGAGCGUCAGUAAAACCACUUUUGUGUACAGUUUACACAUGUUUUAAAGUCCUGUUCUGGCUGUCACAAUUAUAUUGCUCACAUGUUAUAUUAGCAACUGUUUUUCAUUCUGUCUUCCAUGAUUAAAAUCAUGUUUGUACAAACAAAUCUUAAAAGGAA